UGCUCUCCUCUAUCUCUGUAUCGUUUUUUUUGCCUUUGCCCCACCCCUUUGCCACUAGCCAGGCGAGCAGUCCGGCCUAGGCGGAUGUACGAGGGAUGAUUCAGUAGUGACAGGAAGCCAACCGUCUUGCCUGCUGCCCGUCAGAGUCUGUGGUGUUGGCAUUGGCUUGGGCAGGUGUGCCGGCACAGGAUGGGGUGGCCAUGGUGAGGAACCCCCACUCUCAGCUUCACAGCCCCCUCCCCAGGCCAACAUGAGUGCCGACUUGGAGCUGGUGUGGCCGUUGUCAGUACCGCUGCUGCUGCUGUUGGGGGCCACAGCCUGGCUGUGCGUCUGCUGUUCCCGGCCAGGGGUGAAGAGAAACGAGAAAAUCUUCGAGCAGAGGAACCAGCAAGAAAACGAACAGAACUUCACCGUGGCUCAGACCUACUCCCUGGCCAGGCCGGUGUGGCCAGGACCCCUGAUGGACACAGCCUCAGACAAGUCAUCUGAAAGGAAGAAUAAACUGCUGUUCUCUGACCUUGAUGGUCCUGAGUCCCUUAGGUACCAGCACUUCUACAAAGGAAGCAGACAUGAGCUUGACGCUGCCUAUGUAGAUCCCAUCCCUACAGACUACUACAACUGGGGGCGUUUCCAGAAGUCCCCAGAAGAUGAUGAUGAUUCCAACUCCUACGAGAACGUGCUCAUCUGCAAGCCCAGCACGCCCGACUCAGGUGGGGAAGAAUCUGAGGAUUACCAGAACUCAAUAUCUAUCCGAGAGUGGCGAGAAUCCAGGAGGACUGUGGGCGCACAAGUGUCUCCAUUAGAAAGCCCAGAUGAGGAGCCAGAUUACGUGAACGGGGAUGUGGCCGCUGCUGAGCACGUCUAGGAGAGAAUCAAUCAGAAGGGCCUGAGAGGGUCUUGAGCUGAAGCAUUCACUGCCUGCUGAAGCCUAUUUUCCAGGGAUGCUCAAGCUUCAGACCUGGCUGUGGCUGCUCCUGGGAGGGGUUCCAGAACAUCCUGGAAGACAUUGGGACUCGCCAAGGCUGCACCCCCUAAGCAAUGCCCUGGACUUCUUUGGGAGCAAAGUGGUGCCUGGGAACACUGGCUGUGCUGACCUGAAGCCCAGGACCUGAGGCUAGCUGUUGUCUCCAGUUAUCACAUCUAAAAUAUAUCACAACACUGGCAUUUGUCUUUUUUUCUUAAUUUUGCAAUAGGGUCUCAUUAAAUUGCUCAG